GCAUAUUUUUGAAAGCAGUCGGACUUCGCUACCCCACAAGAAAGCGUCCCGUUGGAAACAGAAAGUCCAAAUUCAAAAGAAGAAAGAGAAUGAAACAAGAAGCGUGACCCGACCGUUAAAGAAACCCAGAGAAGAUGACCCAAUCACAUUACUCGUUACGAUGGAACAACCAUCAGACGCACAUAUUGGCUGCCUUCGAGGCCCUUUUGCAGGCCGAGACCUUGGUCGAUGUGACCUUGGUCUGUGCGGAGACGUCGGUGCGAGCCCACAAGGUCGUGCUGAGUGCCUGUUCCCCAUUCUUCCAGAGGAUAUUCUCGGAGAAUCCAUGCAAGCACCCUGUGAUUGUGCUGAAGGACUUCAAUGGCUGGGAGGUCCAGGCGAUCGUGGACUUCAUGUACAAGGGAGAGAUCUCGGUGAUACAAGAGCAAUUGCAGAGCCUGAUAAAAGCAGCGGAGAGUCUGCAAGUGAGGGGUUUAGCCAACCAGGACCCAUUUGGAGUCGACAAGGAAUCUACCUCGAUCAUCAAUCAAACACCCACGCCCUCCACAUCGCCCAAUGAGUACGACAGGAAUUAUUUCAGCAGUGGUAGGCUUUCGACGCCAGGAGCUACUGUACGGACGCCAGCAGAACGAACAUCCCCAUUCUCUCCAAUCCAGAACAGCUUCGAACCUCCCUUGAAGCUACCUCACAUGCCCAGGUUAUCCUUCCCAGAAACUCUCCUUCCGAGACAAGAAUGCCAAUCGCCGAUCCCUAGGCGGAAACAAGCCAGACCUAGACGUAGGUCGGGCGAACUGUGCGGAGCCCAAGACCUCACCACAAGUGUGGUGAAGCCCGAAUCCCCCAGCGAAGAAACUGCCGAGAACCUGUGCAUUAAAAAGAACGGGAAAGAAGAGAAACGGGAGAUCAAAGAGGAGGAGAAAUGCCGGACACCGGAGCCCAGCGCUGGAAGCCCAGAAAUGGACCUGAGUAUGCAGAGCGGCAAGGAGUUCCGGACAUCGCCUGUCAACAUGCACCCCUCUAUGAAUAUGAAGCAGGAGAUGGAGAGUCAUUCACCUUUGCACUUCCCACCAAUGCCGUCGGUAUCGGCUCUCACAAUGACACCUCCUCAUAGCAAAUUUUUCGGUCUGGACUCACCAUUAGGGCUGUUCCCUCCGGGACUGGAGAACUGCAGGAAUCCUUUGUUUGAUAUGCCCGAUCCCAGGACGACUCCAGAUUCGCAGAUGUUCGUUAAAAAGAAAAUGGGCAGACCUAAGGGACAGCACUCAGCUCCCAGGGGCGGGCCACCCCGAUCGUGGACCAACGCCGAGCUAACCGAAGCACUGCAGCACGUAUGGAACAAGAAGAUGACUACCAGUCAAGCGUCCAGGAUAUUCGGCAUUCCCUACAAUUCGUUGCUGAUGUAUGUUCGGGGCAAAUACGGCAAAAGCUUGAAGUUGGAACAGCUGCGAAAAGACUGUAUCGGUACCAAUGCGCCCACUAUGGAUAUCAUGAAUAUGUCCGGAGCCAAUCCCGGCAGUCUGGGCAAUAACAACAAUAACUCGUGCAAGGGAGAUAGAGAGGAACAGAUACAGCCUAACACCAGGCCGUCAAGCACCGGCGAGGACCCCACAACAACGACGUCACUGCCGGUCCCAACCUCAACGCCUGGCAGUGGCGGAGGCGGCGGAAGUAUGACAGGCAGUGGUGGAGGAGGCCAUCCGCCACCCCACUCGCUUUUCAACCCCUUCCCGGUCUUUUACCCUGAUUUUCCGGGCAGUGGCGGCGGAGCUCCAGGAGCGGCAGGGUUCCCUAUCCCUGUCAGUAUGAUCCACCUGUUGCCCCAAAGCGAGAAGAGUCACUUUUCCCUCACCAACGCUGAUGACUGCAAAGAUCGUAAAGAAGGUGACGAAGACAGCGACAUAUUCCGUGCACCCCCCAUAAGUGUCGAUGACAGGAGGGAACUGUUACAAAACGGACAAGACUAGGAUUUAGUUCAGUUGCAAUUGCGCAGGUGGCGCUAAAGAGGUAGUUGGUAUAGAAGGCAAACGCUCAGUCAAAUCAUAACAAGAUAACCUACACAAAAAAUAUUAGGAUGCAUGUAUCAAAAAUAAAAACACCAACAAAUAUGAUUGCAACAAGUAUGAUUCUAAGAAUAAAAUAUCUUGGAAAUAACCAUAGAACUCCAAAAUGGUAAAUUGUUAUUUCUUCGACGUGAUGAAUCGAAAAGCUCUUAAAAAACUUUCCACUACCAUUUUUUACGAUUCAUCGUCUACAGUGAAAAGCAUUCCAUUUGUUUUGAGUGUUUGUAAAAUGAUUGUUUUCUUUCUAAAAGACUGGAGCAACUGAGCAAAGCUUAUAAGGCAUGAAUCGCAAGAUAUUUAAUUGCCUCAGAGCAAAUAAUCAAUUAGAUCUGAAAAGGCGAGUAACAUUAAUACCUCAAAAAAAGAAAGUAAAAUUAUCCGCCACAAAUUGUAAUUAUAAUGCAGUAAAUUUGACAUAUCUUAUGGAUCGUCUAAACGAGCAAUAUUAAUAAUCCGGCUUUAUAUCUUUUCAAUAUUGUACGCGACACAUGCACUAGUCAAAAUUGUGUAGGAGCAAAAUAAAUGAUAAACGUACGCAAGCUUAUAUGAAUGGUAGAGACACGAUGAGAGAACAGUUCUAAAAAAUUAAACGUGGAUGAUUUUCUACUUCAAAUCAUACCUGUUGCACUCUGUACAACAUAGCUGUAACGAGUCUACUAUACCAACUGUCUUCUUGAGCGAGUAAUAAAACAAUAGGGGCAAUAUUAGAUCUAAGACUAUAGACGUUAGAAAAUUAUGUAUAUGAGACUAAAGGAUGAGGUCUGUGGACCGUUUACGUUACAUCGUGGAUUUUGUUUUGUGACGCCACAAAAUAUUGUUGAAGAACGUUUGUGGUAUUGUUGUUUAAUGUUUAUUGACUAUGCUGUCGUGCUUCCUGAUUUUUAAAUUAUUUUUCCGGUAUAGAAACGAAUGAAAAGAUUGUCAAAUUCGCGAGUGAACUAAACGCAAUUUAAAAAGCAAUGUAAAUAAUGCGCGUACUCAACUGAAAAAAAUGAGGUAUCGGAAUUCACUCGGAAUUUGUUUUUUAUAAGACUGAUAUAUCAUAUUGCCAACGUUCCAACAUUUUUUAUUUACUGGAUACCACUUUAUAUACAGUUCCUGAGAUAUACAGAUUUUUUACCAAAUAUAUACUCAAUAUUCUAUAUACAAAGGUUUUUUGUUCACUCCUCCGGGUCUAAUGGUUCAGCGCAUUUAGCAAGAGGUUUUUUGAAAAAUAAACUGAACCUGAUGUCCUGCAUCACAUUUCAGCUGCGAUACUAGUAAUUUUUUAUAAACAGUUUGUACAGUAUACAGAUUAUAUAUAGCUACACUAUUUUGUUUGACAGAUAAUAUUUUUGAUCUCCUGAGAUUCCUGGUUUUUCAGUAUUUUUAUAUCCCCUUAAAUAAAAUAGUUACAGAAUAAAUAUAAACUUUUUAUAAUAUUACAUUUUUACAGAAAUAAAUAUAUAAUUAGGCAGUUGGAAC